GUAGUUGGAACCGUGCACUCGCCAAUAGUAAUCGUACAACGUCGUUGGGAACACCGUGCGCUCCUUAACGUCAGUCUCGUCGCGGUGCUCCGUCUUCGCACGUCACGCAACGCAACGCAACGUCACGCCGCGUUAUCGAAAAGAGACGAUCAGCCGAAAUUCAGCUGUCAUCGUCGCAUUGGACGCGAUCGAUCCGAGUUACGCGACUCUCGUUUUCCUACGAGAAGAGGCGCGACCUCGCUCAACCGAUCGUCCAGCGCUCACGAUUCCGUCGGGGUCCCAUCGUCGUGGUUAAACGCGUUUAAAGACCGCGCGAAAGCUGCAACUCUUCUUCGGUUCACGUAGCCCGCAGCGGGACCCGCGCAGAACGCAGAGGGAGAGAAACAGGAUGCCGGCAGCAGCCACCGCUGAGGAAUCUGCUUUGUUGGGCACGAUGCCCUCCGAUAGCAUGGACGACAUCGAGCUGAAGAACAUUCAGCUGCAAUUUCCGGCACUGAGAUACCUCUCUAGGGACGACGGCUCCGUGCGGGAAGAAAGGGUGGAGACCGACAAGGGAAGUGUGCUGGUGGCGGUGCAAGGGAAUCGAGCGAAACCAGCUAUCCUCACUUAUCACGAUCUAGGCCUUAAUUACAUCUCGAGCUUCCAGGCGUUCUUCAAUUACAUCGACAUGCGUGUUCUACUCGAAAACUUCUGCGUGUACCACGUAAACGCACCCGGACAAGAGGAGGGCGCACCGACGCUACCCGAGGACUACACCUAUCCGUCCAUGGAGGAGCUCGCGGAACAGCUGCUCUUCGUUCUCGGCCACUUUGGCAUCAAAUCUGUAAUUGGUUUCGGGGUUGGUGCUGGCGCCAAUAUCCUGGCACGAUUCGCACUCGCCCAUCCGGAGAAAGUUAAUGCACUGUGCCUGAUAAACUGCUUGUCCACGCAGGCGGGUUGGAUCGAGUGGGGUUAUCAAAAGUUGAACGUGCGCCACCUGAGGUCGCAGGGCAUGACCCAAGGCGUUCUCGAUUAUCUCAUGUGGCAUCAUUUCGGCAGGGGAACCGAGGAGCGGAAUCACGACUUGGUUCAGGUGUACAAGAACUACUUCGAACGCCGCGUCAAUCCGACGAAUCUCGCCUUGUUCAUCGACAGUUACGUACGUCGCACGGAUCUGAACAUAACAAGGGAAUUGGAUCCGACGCGCAAGAAGGAGGGCCUGACGCUUAGCGUGCCGGUGAUGAACAUCACCGGCGCCCUAAGCCCCCACGUCGACGACACCGUAACGUUAAACGGACGCUUGGAUCCGACGAACAGCUCCUGGAUGAAAAUAUCGGACUGCGGCAUGGUGUUGGAGGAACAACCCGGCAAAGUGAGCGAGGCGUUCCGGCUGUUCCUGCAGGGCGAGGGAUACGUGGUGAGAUCCUCGCGGAAGCCCGUGAAGCCGACAACACCCGAAGUGGCCCCGCUGUCGCCGUUAAAAAUGGCCGACUACAGAUUGGCUUCGUUGGAGGGACUGAAUCACGUGUGCAGCAAGAAGAUCGACUGGCCUACCGCGACCAUACACAUCACGGAGAAUCCGAUAUCGGAGGCAGUCGUCUGUUAAGAUGUCGAUCACCGAGGACCUCACCACCGCCAUCGAUUUUCGUUACGUAAUCAAACGAGCAUACAAUCGGAAGACGACGCGGCGACAUGGAUGGAUGGAUGGAUGGAUGGAUGGUAUAGCUUUAGGAAGGUUUCGUCGGGGCAACGAUCCCUCGCGGCACUAAUAAACGCGCUGGUUUCUUUCCGGAGCUUCUGUCGGCACCGCACUUACUUUUUAAAACGCGACUUUGAGCUGGGUCGACCACACGCGUUCGUAAUAAGUGUUUAAUUCUAAAUAACUGUAUAAGUUAAGAGCUUUAAAGACGGUUUUUAUUACUUAAGAGAUACCGGAUGUUUUAUCUACGGUUGUUCUUGGUAUUUGGCGGGCUGUUAUUAUAAUAGAAGUGGCGAUUCGUUAAGGAUACAUAAGAGAUUAAUGUUAACGUUGCGUACGAUCGGAUGACCACGUUGAGUUUCAACCCGUUCCACUUUCGGGACUUUUAACGAACGGUGCGCGGCGCGACUUUUUGAGAGCACCGUUCGCUCUUUUUACAUCACGAGGAGAACUUUUGCGAUCGUUUUAGCGGGGUAUGUUUGCGAUUGUCGUUUGAGGAACGUUCAUUUGAAUGGCAGAGGCGGGUAUUCCUGAAAAUUUUGAUGAUCCGAAAACGAACAUUCCCCCCCUGCGAAUAUUUUAAUAUACCAUUACCCGAGGAGAUUUCAGAGAGAGGUGCGAAUAAACAUGUUCAACACUUCGAGGUGUACUUCUAUGUAUGUGGGUAUACGUAAAAGCCGUGACUUUGUAACUCGACAGACUCACUAUUACGAAUUUUCGUACAAUUACACCUUACGCGAUAAUAACGUUCGCGAGAAGCAAAAGAGGAGAGAGGCUCCUCCGAUCCGAAUGGGGGAAACUCGCGUGCAAGUGCAAAUUUCGAAAAAGAAAUAUAUUAACGGGUAAUCCUAACGAAAUAACGAGCAAGAAAUAAGUCACGUCGUUCGGGCGACGGCGAGAAAAUGUGUGAUAACACGUCGUAGAGACACGCGCACCUCCGCUUUUCGUGCUCGUGAGAAAUUAGAAGAAAGACUCACAGUAGAUGUAAAGGACCAGCAGAAACUUUUAACGGCUUGCACGUAACUUCUCACCGAGUGACGUCCAAAAAGUUCCGCCGCAUAGUGUGCAGAACGCACGGAGAUAAUAUCUCCAGUCUCACUGUUUUACAGAUUUUUUUAUUAUUAUAUAUAUAGGAAGAAAUCUCUACUUUCCAACGAAGUUACUGUCAACGAAGGUUAUAUUUCACGAGAAACAGCCCUGCGACAAGGAGGAUUUUUCUGUUACACUCUGCGGCGUCAACGAUGAAAGAGAGGAAGAAAAAAUUGUUUGAGCACGUCGUUAUGUUUCUCUGAUUCGUCGUUCGCGUCUACUCCGAUUCGCGAACAAUCGACCAGUCCCCAAUAAACGCAAUGCUCGUGUCCGUCACGUAUGAUCGCGAUAAUUUUGUUUCUCGCUACUUUACACGGCCCGACGUUGUCCAUCAAAAAAAAGAACAACGUUUCACGAUUUCGAGGUAACGAGAUUGAAACGCGGUAGUAAAGCAUUAGUGUCGAUAUAAAUGAUUACGAGGUAGGUAUUACUGUUACUGUUGAUAGUCAGGUAUCCUCGUCGAUGAGUUUGCUUAACCAUCUUACAAUCUAAUGACGAAAUCAACGGAGUAUAAAACGAAAGAUCAACCAUGCCCUUCCAACGAUUCACGAAACAGAAAGAGAGAGAAAAAAAAAGAGAGAAAGAGAG